CCGGACCUAGCCAAAAGCUACAGACAACUUUACGCUUUAGCGGCCAAGAGCAGUUGGUUUAAGUUGGAACGUUUAAUAACGCGAAGACGGCGAAACAGAAAAGUGAACUGAGAUAAGAAAAGGUAACAAUUCACUUGUCUUGCGUAUCCGCUAGAUUUUGUAGGCCAAAAUUACCUUCCAAGGUUAAAGGAAAUUAUACGAGGAAUGGACGCUACAAUUGCAAGCGCAAAGUAAGUUUCAAGAUUCACAUUCGCCACUUCUGUUACUCACAUUAUAUGAGACAUAUCCUACCCUUUAUUUAAUGUGAAGUUAAAUCAUACCGACCAAGCGCGGAAGAAACACAUUUUUGAAUCUUCUUUGAAGCUGAGUCUGAAAAUUGUGCAUCGCUGGAAAAACUCACAGAAAAAUUCCUGUCAGGAGUCUAUUAAGAAAAAGAGAAGCCAUGGUGGUAGAGUGAUAGACAGAUUAGUUUAAAACAGCGUACUUCGAAGACGGCAAAUGUAUUAUCAGACUGUAGGGCCAAAAGUGGCAUUCUACAUACACCUCCUCUGUAAGAAACUGAAAAAAAAAAUACACACAAUGACGUCGUAUUAAUGCAUUAUUGUCUUAAAGUGUGUAUGACACGAAACCUUUUUUGAUCUUUAGAAAUGUGUUUCCAAAAAAAAUUGCUUGAGGUUUGGCCGUUCAAAAACUGCUUUUUCUCCUUCAUAAAGGUGAUGUUGCACGAGACGAUUCGCAACGACGAUUUUAAGCGCAACACAGCUCUGUUAUGUUGGAACAAUGUUGUACCUAUUCGCAACAAUGUCGCAACAAUGUUGCAACGCUGUGUUGCGCUAAAAAUCGUCGUUCCGAAUCGUCUCGUGUAACAUGACCUUAAAUGUCCCUGAAACUGAAAACGACUAAAGGAUCAAAGAAAGGCUGAUGACGUCAGCUGAUUUACGCAGCCUUCGCAAACUUGGUUUUUGCUAUUUGUUGUGUGGAAAAUGUAACGAAUGUUGCAAAGCAAACAAAAAUUCUGAAUAUGAUCGGAGAGUUCUCCUGGCGAGAAUAUAUUAAUCCUUCUUAUCUACCGCCAUCUUGUGUUGUGAAGCUUCCCUUGAAGCAAUCAUUCUACGUCAUGCAUGCGUAUCAAAUUUGCCGCGCGAUAAGGCGGACAUUUUUGACAGCAAUGCAAAUUCCCGUAUUUUGGCGGAAAAAUAGGUUUCGCAAGAUUUUUUACGAGUUUCAGUUUCGGAUACAUAUUUUACAGAUACUGAAGAAUAAAGAACAACAGAAAAAAGGUUCAUAUCACGUACACUUCAAUGAUUGCGACACAGAUUUUUCUAUAUUCUUCUGCUUGUCGAAUUAUAUACACUUUAGUUUGACUAAUAGUCGCGGGUCGCGGGUCGCGGGUCCAAAGUCGCGGUCGCGGGUCCAAUGUCGCGGCAGGGGAAAAUGAUUUGGGGUUCGAGGUAACAGCUGAGUGAAAACGGCUGAUAUGAACACAAUAUAAAGGGAAAAACUCUUUUUUAUGCACGAUACACCACGGUAGCCAAUUUACAGGUUACGGAUGUUAGAGUCAACAAAAUAAUGUCUCAAGAAAAGACCUAAAAGAAAAAGCUGGCCGACUUCUGUGUUCACCGCAAGUUUAUUUUGUUUUCUUUCUAUCGGGCCCAGUUAUACUUAUGCAAAACAGUAUCUGAUAAAAAAGUUACUAUAAGUUACCAUUGCUUUUUUGUUGUCGAUGAAUUGCUCACAAAUGCUUAGGGGUUCAUUUACUGAAAAAUAUGCGAUACACUUCAUAGACUACAGAUUAUAAACGUUACAACAACUUAAAGCCUUUUUUUAAAAAAAGUGAACUCGGGCUCAAAAAGCUACGAGUUUGUCGGUAGAAGAAACGAGAACUCUUAUAUUUAACAAAUGUUUUCGAAAACAAAACUGAAAGAAAAUGUAAAUAGGCGCAUGAAACUUCAUUCAAGGGGUAUUCAAGGCAUGAAUUUAAUAUGGAAACAAGUAAUAAUCCACAGAAAGGAGUCUGUUCCUCGAAGCAAGAUUUUCGCUUAAUGCUUUUCUUUUUACAACUGAGACGGCAACCCAGAGUGUUCAAUAUAACUUCUUGUUCUCUUCACCUAAAUGACAACCUGACAAUAGGAAACCAUUCAAUGUGCGUCUCAGUCAAAUCUUGAAAACGUGCAUCGUAAAUAACCAAGUGAGUAAGUAGGUAAGGAAAUAACAACGCCCGAUAUCAUGAAGCUGAAAAAGAAAGUAAACCAGACACUGAAAACGGUAAGUUAUCAACUCCACCAGAGCUAAGAAAAGACAAUAAAUUAGGUAAGUAAUUCCAGAUUCCAGGUACUGGAUUCAAGUCUUUGUCAGUAGAACCAAGAGACUAUGAUCUAUUCUGUCUUGGUAGAACUUGGAUUCCGGAUUUCAAUCGUUAGUGGAAACAGACUCCUUCUGUGGACAAGAGAGGAUAAAGCUCGAGCUUUAUCCCCUCUUGCUGUGGAUUAUUACUUGUUUCUAUAUUAAAUUCAUGCCUUGAAUACCCACUUGAAUGUACUUUACUGGCAGUUUAAGCCCAACGUCUCUCCUCCUCUUUCCAGUUACUUGUGCAAAGAGUUUAUUUUGGGAGUUUGCGGUUAGGAAGUUUUUCAACAAGCGUUUUCUUUAUUUUUGCCGAAAACAUUUGUUAAAAUUGAAACAGUUCUCGUUUCUUCUACCGACAGACUCGUAGCUUUUCGAGCCCGAGUUAGCCUUUUUUAAAAAAGGUUUUAAGUUGUUCUAACGUUUAUAAUUUAUAGUCUAUGAAGUGUAUCGCACAUUUUUCAGUGAAUGCACCCCUAAGAAUUUGUGAGCAAUUCAUAGACAAGAAGAAAACAAUGGUAACUCAUGGUAUUUAUACAUAACUGGGCCCGAUAGAAAGAAAACAAAAUGAACUUGCGGUGAACACAAAAGUCGGCCAGCUUUUUCUUUUACGUCUUUUCUUGAGACAUUAUUUUGUUGACUCUAACAUCCGUAACCUGUAAAUUGGCUACCGUAGAGUAUCAUGCAUAAAAACGAUUUUUUUCCCUUUAUAUUUUUUUCAUAUCACUCGUUUUCACUCAGUUACCUCGAACCCCAAAUCAUUUUCCCCUGCCGCGACAUUGGACCCGCGACCGCGACAUUGGACCCGCGACCGCGACUUUGGACCCGCGACCGCGACUGUGGACCCGCGACCCGCGACCCGCGACUAUUAGUCAAACUCACACUUUAUCAGGUAUUGUUCAAGUAGUCUAUUCUCUAAACUUAAUCUUCUUGCUUUGGAGCAAAGCCGAAAAGUGAGGAGAAUUCUGUUUAGAAAUCGAAGUUCAAGAUAAUAAAGGGUCAUAAAAUUUCUUUGCAAAGUCGGAUUCAAAGGGGAAAAUGUUAAUCGUAUUAGUAAAUCGAUUUCAAGUGCGGAAAAAGUCUUGCAGAUAGCCUAGAUUGAAAUCAAUUAAAAAACUUUCCACCACGGAGUAAAUUGAUAUCAAGGUAGAAAGUGCAGCAAAGAGUAUUAUUGUAUGUUAUGGUAUUUUCUGUAGUGGUCAAUUCGUGAAAAUUUUGCAAUUUUGUCCCUAAAGCCUCGGAGUCAUGUUUGAAUUUUGAUAUAUCGAACGUGGGCUAUUGGUUUUCAUUCUAGGAAAUUUUUACAAUUCUGUUGUCGUAAAUGCAAGCGGAUGAAAAAAAGUCCCCGAAAGAGGAAGUAGUAAGAAGAUUUAGCUAGGUUUAAAUCUUCCCGUUUGUUAAUAAAACAAGUCAAUAAAAUUUUAAAAGUUAAACACAUAGCACCCAGGAACACGUAAGUUCCCUUAAAAACGCGGUGUACGUGUAUAUUAAUAAAGUAAUCUACGAAUUUAAGCUGAUCAAUUAGUAAUAAGUAAUCUGAAACCUAAGCUCUAAGAAUUAUUGAUAUUUUAAAUCAGAUUAUAAUAUUUACAGAGAAAGAUCAGGUAAAAAUAUAUCACAAAGUUAAAAGCACUAUAUGGACACUAAGAUUUAGAAUCAAUAGAAAUUUAGAAUAAUGUUUACAGCAAACGGGGGUACAUGUACGUGAAUAUACAGCUGACAAUUUCUCAAAUUAGGAAAUGAGCUGACGUAAAGUGUCCAAAAUAAUUCAUAUAGAUGAACUUGACAUGAAGCUACUUAUUUUUGUGCAGAAUGUAAUGAAUUGUAAACGACAAGUAAAAGGAAAACAUCCAGUCACCUGGUACAAAUUAACUUUCGCGGUAAACCUGACUUUGACAGUCUCUAUUUCAACAUACAACAAGACCAUUGGUGAGGAGGUAUUCAAGGCAUGUUCUGUUUGUUCCAUUCCCGCUUAAUAUAAUCCACGAUCUGGAUAAAAGGUCUACAUUUUACAGGAACGAAUAUAGGCACAGAAAAUUUCUGUUUCGUAUGCAGGCGAUGGAUCUGGUACGUCCUACGUGAUGGUAAAUAUUUCUGCUGAUUACAUAAUCAAAGUGGCCAAGGUGUUUCAACAAAACUGACAAAAAACUGAAUUGAUUUCUAUGAUUAUUAAAAUGAUCAAGACGUAAUAAGACAAAUCGGGUUUUAUUUAUAGCAUGUCUUCAAAACACGUUCGUGAUCCUAUGAAUUCUCUUAAAAGGUCAGUAAAUUUACUUUUUAAUUUCAAAAUAAAUAAGUAGUUUCUUAUUGAUAAGAAACAAAUUUGAACUUAAAAUAAUUGUCAAAAAUAUAAAACAUGAAAAAUUGCACCUGUCAUAAAACAAAUUAUGAUUUAUCUGGUCACUGUAUUAUGGUUUUAGAUCUGUUUUCUACGUAUCUGUCAAGUCCUCGCCAUUAUAACAUCCUCCUUAUCUUGUAGUCCGCGAUAUUUCAUUUUUAAGAAGGAUCAUUUGAGGUCCGGAUCAUUUGCGGUCGAAUUUAAGGAUCAUUUACAGUCGGGGAUCAUUUGCGGCGCUACUCGGGGUUCAUUUAAGAUAUUAGACUAAUAAUCUGCAAAGCGUUUUUCGCCCCGGGUGGGAGUCCCUUAUAUAGGCUAUAUGGGUAAGUGCGGCACCAAAGGGUAUGUUUUUUUCAUCCGUUUUGGUCCGUAAUAGGGUAUGGUUUGUGCACUCUAGUCUUGAAUUGGGUAUGUUUUUUAGAAGAAUUAGCUACUUCUUCAUCAUUUGGCGAUAAGACCAUUUCCCUUUCAAUGCUUACGCCAAGUACCGUGUACGUGCCGCAACAGCUUGUCACGCGCCGGGCUCCAGGGCUUCAGUUCUGAAAUAGGGUAUCAAAUUUUUGAUCAGGUCUGAAAUACUGUAAGAAAAAUCACAGAUUUUGGUCUGAAAUGGGGUAAGGGUUUCAGGAAGCGUGUCGCACAUCCCCACCCAAUUUUUCUGGAAGUACCCCCCCAGGGGCAUUUUUGUCGUUUUUGGAUCAGAAAUGGGGGGUCAUUAUGCCAGGUGUUCCUUGCGGACACCGUGGAAACUGGAACUAAGAAUCGUUGCGUGAUGGAAGCCACGCAUGUUUUCCGAAGAAAACUUAGGAAUAUUAAAUUUAGAGCUUUUCGGAAACGUGUCGGUCCACGAAUUCUAUCUCUUGAAAGCGUUGAUUACUUUGGAGCAAGUGAACACUACUGAGUAGUCGAAAACAAAUAAGAAUCUGAAUUAGCAAAAUUGCGAUGGUUGGGUGUUGUAAACUUUCACUGUAUGCAAAUGAGUCAUGCGAUUUAUUUUUGGUGAUGAUUGAAAAGACGUGCCAUGUAAAUCACUUUUUCGAUAUCUGGCAAUGAUGUUAUUUCUCUGGAAUCGAGGCCUUUGAAUUUUCGUGUCUUUAUACACGCGUAUAGCUUGCGACCGCAGACGUAUUUCCGGUCGUCGCCAACACGCGUACUAAAUCAAUUCAGAAACAAGUAAAAAGUAUCGACGUCGAUAAAGUAGGAAGUAAAAAACUUUUAGCGAGUAAAUCUGUUUCGUUUCGUGCAGAAUUAAUCGCCUCCUAAUUUCUCGAUCUAAUCUUCAAGCAAGCGAGACUGAAUGCCGCUGUAAGCGGCUUCUUGUAUAUAUAAAAACAUAGUAGCUCUACUGGAGAGCACUAUACUUAGGGAAAAUUGAACGAAGUUUAACUUAUCGGUCAUUACAUUUCGAUCUCGUAGCAAAUUGUAAACAACUUCCAAAGAACUCAGAGAACUUUGCACUCGUGAGAUCCUGACCAGCAAAACAUUUGGCUAAACUCCUUUCGGACAAGUCUUAUAGGAGUGGUGGUUAGCCUGUUUUAUUUGCGUAGCUGGUGGUACCUAGACCUCCUUUGUAAUAAAUUCUAAGAAAUAACCCAAGAAAACAGCUGACAUUUAGCGCAUUGCCACUACUGGUUUCCCUGUAAAAUGACCCCUUUAGUGAGGAACUCGAGUUUAGAGAUUCCAAACUGAUGAAGUGUCCAUCAAUAACCAGAAGCCCAUAACCCAGAACUCGGUGGUGCUUCAAUUCUGAGUGUUUGAAGCAAAUUCCCCUCACAGCAGGACCAAUCAAAAGCAUUUCCAUAUCUGGGUAGUGACACGUCAUCAUGGAAUUUCUGCGCUCGUUUCUCAGAUGUCAUUUCGCGGGGAAACCAGUGGUGGCAUCACGAAAUGUCGGCUGUUUUCGAUGGCUAUCUUAGAAAGUGUUGCUUACCGAUAAACACCUAUACUUACAUCCCCUCAAGACAAAAGUGUCAGUUUGUUUAUAUCCCAAAAUAAAGUUGUUUGCGCAGUUUCCUAGCUUUAUACAAUAGGUUAAGAGAAUUUCAAUUAGAGCGAGACUGUCGGCUCCAAUUAGUUUGGGGUUGAUGUUGCCGUAUAAAGCAGUGACAUGCGAAACCUAAAACAAGUUUUUCAACAUAAUAUAGAGUUAAAUUCGACGAUAAAAGGAAACGACAUAAGGUUUACUGAAACGACGCCGUAUAAAGCAGUGACAUGCGAAACCACGAUGAGCCGUGACGUUCACCGUUUCGGCUCUCACUGCUAUCUGUGACGACAAGCCAAUUAUUAGCAUAUUCCGGAUAUUUCCUCGGAAAGUAAUCGAGAGUUCUUUUUUAUGCAAAUUUAUAUCUUUUGCUUGUUGUGCACGUGCAUAUGAAACUUGAAAACAAUGCCAGUGAAUAAUGAGGACGCUGACUUGUAAACGCAAAAUCUGGGGGGAAAAUUGGUUAUAUUUGAGGCCCUAUUUAAAAGCCUUCCCUAUUUUCAAUGUUCUUGAAACUUGCAGGGAAUAUUUCUUGACAAUUGAUCUCGGGAUUGUCGAAUUUAUAAAAAAAUGUAUCGAGCGGUUUUUGGAAAAAUGCGAAAUUUUUAGGCAUGGGCCAAAUUACGUCCAAAAACUGUAUCAAUAGCAGCUGAAUGCAAGUUAAUAAAAUUCUUCUUACUCGCGAUCGCCCAGAGCAAUUCCCCUGUUUUUUUGUAUGCAGUUUUCAAUGGAAUCAAACCACUAUGAGAUGAAGCCUCGUUCCCAAAGCUUAUCAUUUUCUUAAAAUAUUAGCGAAUUGUGUGGCUAGCAUGCUAUUUCACUGUUUUUAUUAUUCUUAAAACUACAUUUCAAAAUAUUUCGAAAACGCUCUCAUAGAAUUUGUUCAAACUAUGCCAUAAUGGAGGCAAUUAUAGCAGGUACAUACUCCCUUAAGCGAUUUCUUCAAAAAACGCCUGGAACAGAGAAACACAAAGAUAAAUGAAAAACGUAAUGGCGUCAUUACGUUGCCAUGGUGACUCCGAUUGCAAUAAAACCCAGAUCAUAAGAAAUUUUCAACUUUAUAUAAUACAGUUGUGGUAACCUUUUUUCCAUAUUUUUACUCAUGCCGACGUAGUUAAUGCUUAAAGCUCGGAGGUAUCAACCCCCAAAAAUCCAGUCGAGCCACCUUAAAUGUCCCUGAAACUGAAAACGACUAAAGAAUCAAAGAAAGGCUGAUGACGUCAGCUGAUUUGCUCAGCCUUCGCAAACUUGGUUGUUGCUAUUUGUUGUGUGGAAAAUGUAACGAAUGUUGCGAGGCAAACAAACAUGAUGCUGAAUAUGAUCGAAGAGUUAUACUGGCGAGAAUAUAUUAAUCCUUCUUAUCUGAAGCAGGGCCGAAAAUUGAGGACAAUUUUGUCCGUAAAGCCUCGGAGUCAUGUUUGAAUUUUGAUAUAUCGAAUGUGGGCUAUUGGUCUUCAUUCUAGGAAAUUUUUACAAUUCUGUUAUCGUAAAUGCAAGCGGAUGAAAAAAAGUCCCGGAAAGAGAAAGUAGUAAGAAGAUUUAGCUAGGUUUAAAUCUUCCCGUUUGUUAAUCAAGCAAGUCAAUAAAAUUUUAAAAGUAAAAAACAUAGCACCCAGGAACACGUAAGUUCCCUUAAAAACGCGGUGUACGUGUAUAUUAAUAAAGUAAUCUACGAAUUUAAGCUGAUCAAUUAGUAAUAAGUAAUCUGAAACCUAAGCUCUAAGAAUUAUUGAUAUUUUAAAUCAGAUUAUAAUAUUUACAGAGAAAGAUCAGGUAAAAAUAUAUCACAAAGUUAAAAGCACUAUAUGGACGCUAACAUUUAGAAUCAACAGAGAUUUAGAAUAAUGUUUACAGCAAACGGGGGUACAUGUACGUGAAUAUACAGCUGACAAUUUCUCAAAUUAGGAAAUGAGCUGACGUAAAGUGUUCAAAAUAAUUCAUAUAGAUGAACUUGACAUGAAGCUACUUAUUUUUGUGCAGAAUGUAAUGAAUUGUAAACGACAAGUAAAAAGAAAACUUCCAGUCACCUGGUACAAAUUAACUUUCGCGGUAAACCUGACUUUGACAGUCUGUAUUUUAACAUACAACAAGACCAUUGGUGAGGAGGUAUCCAAGGCAUAUUCUGUUUGUUCCAUUCCCGCUUAAUAUAAUCCACGAUCUGGAUAAAAGGUCUACAUUUUACAGGAACGAAUAUAGGCACAGAAAAUUUCUGUUUCGUAUGCAGGCGAUGGAUCUGGUACGUCCUACGUGAUUGUAAAUAUUUCUGCUGAUUACACAAUCAAAGUGGCCAAAGUGUUUCAACAAACCUGACAAAAAACUGAGUUGAUUUCUAUGAUUAUUAAAAUGAUCAAGACGUAAUAAGACAAAUCGGGUUUUAUUUAUAGCAUGUCUUCAAAACACGUUCGUGAUCCUAUGAAUUCUCUGAAAAGGUCAGUAAAUUUACUUUUUAAUUUCAAAAUAAAUAAGUAGUUUCUUAUUAAUAAGAAACAAAUUUGAUCUUAAAAUAAUUGUCAAAAAUAUAAAACAUGAAAAAUUGCACCUGUCGUAAAACAAAUUAUGAUUUAUCUGGUCACUGUAUUAUGGUUUUAGAUCUGUUUUCUACGUAUCUGUCAAGUCCUCGCCAUUAUAACAUCCUCCUUAUCUUGUAGUCCGCGAUAUUUCAUUUUUAAGAAGGAUCAUUUGAGGUCCGGAUCAUUUGCGGUCGAAUUUAAGGAUCAUUUACAGUCGGGGAUCAUUUGCGGCGCUACUCGGGGUUCAUUUAAGAUAUUAGACUAAUAAUCUGCAAAGCGUUUUUCGCCCCGGGGGGGAGUCCCUUAUAUAGGCUAUAUGAGUAAGUGCGGCACCAAAGGGUAUGUUUUUUUCAGCCGUUUUGGUCCGUAAUAGGGUAUGGUUUGUGCACUCUAGUCUUGAAUUGGGUACGUUUUUUAGAAGAAUUGGCUACUUCUUCAUCAUUUGGCGAUAAGACCAUUUCCCUUUCAAUGUUUACGCCAAGUACCGUGUACGUGCCGCAACAGCUUGUCACGCGCCGGGCUCCAGGGCUUCAGUUCUGAAAUAGGGUAUCAAAUUUUUGAUCAGGUCUGAAAUAGUGUAAGAAAAAUCACAGAUUUUGGUCUGAAAUAGGGUAAGGGUUUCAGGAAGCGUGUCGCACAUCCCCACCCAAUUUUUCUGGAAGUACCCCCCAGGGGCAUUUUUGUCGUUUUUGGAUCAGAAAUGGGGGGUCAUUGUGCCAGGUGUUCCUUGCGGACACCGUGGAAACUGGAACUAAGAAUCGUUGCGUGAUGGAAGCCACGCAUGUUUUCCGAAGAAAACUUAGGAAGAUUAAAUUUAGAGCUUUUCGGAAACGUGUCGGUCCACGAAUUCCAUCGCUUGAAAGCGUUGAUUACUUUGGAGCAAGUGAACACUACUGAGUAGUCGAAAAUAAAUAAGAAUCUGAAUUAGCCAAAUUGCGAUGGUUGGGUGUUGUAAACUUUCACUGUAUGCAAAUGAGUCCAGGGCUGGGCAUGCGAUUUAUUAUUGGUGAUGGUUGAAAAGGCGUGCCAUGUAAAUCACUUUUUCGAUAUCUGGCAAUGAUGUUAUUUCUCUGGAAUCGAGGCCUUUGAAUUUUCGUGUCUUUAUACACGCGUAUAGCCUGCGACCGCAGACGUAUUUCCGGUCGUCGCUAACACGCGUACUAAAUCAAUUCAGAAACAAGUAAAAAGUAUCGACGUCGAUAAAGUAGGAAGUAAAAAACUUUUAGCGAGUAAAUCUGUUUCGUUUCGUGCAGAAUUACUCGCCUCCUCAUUUCUCGAUCUAAUCUUCAAGCAAGCGAGACUGAAUGCCGCUGUAAGCGGCUUCUUGUAUAUAUAAAAACAUAGUAGCUCUACUGGAGAGCACUAUACUUAGGGAAAAUUGAACGAAGUUUAACUUAUCGGUCAUUACAUUUCGAUCUCGUAGCAAAUUGUAAACAACUUCCAAAGAACUCAGAGAACUUUGCACUCGUGAGAUCCUGACCAGCAAAACAUUCGGCUAAACUCCUUUCGGACAAGUCUUAUAGGAGUGGUGGUUAGCCUGUUUUAUUUGCGUAGCUGGUGGUACCUAGACCUCCUUUGUAAUACGUUCUAAGAAAUAACCCUAGAAAACAGCUGACAUUUUACAUCGCCACUACUGGUUCCCUGUGAAAUGACGCCUUUAGUGAGGAACUCGAGUGUAGAGAUUCCAUACUGAUGAAGUGUCUACCAACAACCAGGAGCCCAUAACCCAGAACUCGGUGGUGCUUCAAUUCUGAGUGGUUGAAGCAAAUUUCCCUCACAGCAGGACCAAUCAAAAGCAUUACCCAUAUCUGGGUAGUGACACGUCAUCAUAAAAUUUCUGCGCUCGUUUCUCAGACGUCAUUUCGCGGGAAAACCAGUGGUGGCAUCACGAAAUGUCGGCUGUUUUCGAUUGCUAUCUUAGAAAGUGUUGCUUACCGAUAAACACCUAUACUUACAUCCCCUCAAGACAGAAGUGUCAGUUUGUUUAUAUCCCAAAAUAAAGUUGUUUGCGCAGUUUCCUAGCUUUAUACAAUAGGUUAAGAGAAUUUCAAUUAGAGCGAGACUGUCGGCUCCAAAGGAUUAAUUAGUUUGGGGUUGAUGUUGCCGUAUAAAGCAGUGACAUGCGAAACCUAAAACAAGUUUUUCAACAUAAUAUAGAGUUAAAUUCGACGAUAAAAGAAAACGACAUAAGGUUUACUGAAACGACGCCCUGGAAAAAUGUUGGGCAUGCCAAUUUCGUGGCAUGUCUUCCUUCCCCUUCUCCCCUUCUUCCUUCUCCCUAGCAAAAAAAAGAGAGACACACACGAAAGCUUUGCUUAAAGAAAAGUCUUUUUCCGGUCGUAAGAUAUCGUCAAGUAUGAACAUUUUUAUCCCACUAAAUUGUAAGCUUUUCAUGAACUGUUUAAAUCAAAAAAACUAAAACAAAGGACUUUACGGAAUCGAGUUCAAAGCAGAUUUAAAUAUUUCAUGUGAACGUGAUUUUGUUUGAUUUCCUCUAUCAAGCAAAAUAAUAUGACACAAUUACUUUUUUCUCAGCCAAUUAAGUUACAAAAUACAACCGGUGGGGAAAAUAAACAAGUUAAAAAGUAAAAACAACCUUGGUUACAAAAAGAACCCUAUUAUUCCGAUAAACCAAUUUCACCCCCUUCGUUUAAUAUUUCUAAGUCAUAAAUUGCUAAUUAAAGCCACAUUUCAAUCCCAUUGACGCUUUAAUUCCAUUGGUCCGCUGGCGACAAGAUUUACUGAGUAGAUUUCCCCUUUGACAUAUUCGCGUAUUAAAUUUUGUCUUGAUCAAUGAAUUUCCGUCCAUGAUGUUUUGUAAUUUCAUUUAUCAAGUAAUAAGUCGUCAAUUCGUUUCUCCCUUUUACAAUUGCAGAUAAUUGAGUGGCGACAAAACUGCGGUUUGCUCAGUUAGCGCAGAUUGCCGCGUUAUGUGAUCUUUCUCGCUUGGUAACUUAACUCAGCGUUUCACUUUGCAUUUGGCAGAUAACAUCGUUUUCAUCAGAAAACGGAACAGAGGACAACAUGAAGUUUUACUUGAUUCACUUAUUGACAGUGUGUCAAGUUUUGCUUGAGGUAAGCUGUAUUUGAAUUGAACACUUUUUAUCCUUUGCAUUUCGACGACUUUUCAUUUCUCUUGAAAUGUACCUACUAUAGAUAGUCCCGAGUUUUCCAAAACCUAGUUAUUCGAGUUUUUAUUGUGGAAACUGCAAAAAACUAUUUUCAUGAUGAUAAGAUAUGUCUCAAAUUUCAGUUUUUUUAGAUUUUAUAUCAAAACUGUUAUUUUAUAUGUUGAUGCGAUAUGGUUGCUUUUUUAUACCACAAUAUUUGCAAAUUUCUUACUAAAUCAGCAGUCGUUAAUUGGAAUAUUUCAAAUGAUCACAAAUUUGAAUCUAUCGUCUUUUCAGUUCAGUUCAUCAAACGUUAUUUUCAUGUAUUGUGACUGGACUUUGUAAAUCAAAUUCAAUAGAAACUGCCCGUCUCUAUUUCUGUGUGCUUUGUCCAAAAUGGUCCGUAUGACAAAAGGUUACAUAUAGUCAUUUGCUACGUGAGAAAAAUUUUCAGUAUGAGUUCUCCACUGCAUAAUCUGGCUUUUUUAUGAAUAAAGCCUAAUUGUUUGUGGUAUUUACUCGAAAAUUUUAGAAACUUAAGGAUGAUUUGUCGGGUGAAGAAUUGCGAAAUACGAUUAUCAGCACUUUGCAUAAGACACCGUGCACUACACAUUCAGUUUCUCAACCUGAGAUUUUGUGCUGGCUGACAACGAAUCAGAAUCAAAAACUAAAAGCAAAUUUCGAAGUUAAUCUCAUCAAGUCAGUUCAUUGAAGGCUAUUUUGGUGCUUAAAAAGAUUAGCUUUUCACUAUAACUUUCCUUGCUCAAGAGUCUCUAAGGUCUCGAUCCUAAAUUUACGCAAAAAGGGAAUUUGUUAUUUUGGGAAGGUUUAAGGGUAUCCUUUCAUCAAAGAACAAUCGUAAAAUGGGUAGAACUGAGAUGUUUGCUACUGUGUGUAUAGUUAUGCCGUACGAUGAAGACUGGGCGAAGGUAGAGUCGAAUAAGGAGCCCUAGAUCCUGUGAACACACAAGUUUAAUCUGACAAGUGAGGAGAUGUCGUAGGAUGCAACCUGCUUACUCCUGUAAACAUACUUUUUUUCAGUCGUAAAACUUUGGAAACAUAACUUUAACUGUUCAGUCUGUAACUGGCUAAAUUCUCCGACGCGACCAUUCAAAUGAAAUCUUUCCGAGAUUAUUUUCGCAUGGAGCUUUGUCUAGUGAUCAGUGAGUGAUUCUCAAUGUUGUAGCAAAUAAAACUUGUAAUUUAAGAAAAGUAACAAUUUUUCUGAGAAUCUACUUUUGAGCAGAAAACAACCAAUCUGGCCAUAAAAUGCCAAAUCGGGCAAAAGACGAUUUUUAGGGUUUUUGAUCUAAGGCUUUAUAGAGUAUCCGAAAAAUUUAAACAGUUCUCUAGAUUGCAAUAAUAUGUGAUCGUGCCAACUUUUCCAAAUGCAAUACGCCAGUUAAGUCCAGGGGAUGUUGUACUAUAGUUUUGCAUCAAGUUAAUCAAAACCUUAACUUUCUUUAGGUCUGUCAAAAGGGUUCCCUUUGAUUUUCAGCUUUGUAACAUUGUGUCAGAAAGGUGUUCAGUUUUUGCAAAGUGUCAAUUAAUUUCUAAUGAAUAAGGAUAGUUAUAAUCAUAUUUACUGCUUUUUUGUUUGUCCAGGAAGCUAGAAUAGAUGAAAAAUUAUCCAAUUUUACUCAGAUAAUUUGGCUUUUGAAUCAGAUAGAUAAAUGGUUAGGAAACGAAAACAGCCAUUGUUUCCACAAGCACGUAACUUUCUGAACUUUAUUCUUACAGUGUAAUAUUGUUUACAUUGAAGAUUAAGCUAAGAUUCGAACUAAUAUAGAUUUUUUAUAUUAAGCUCUAGUGAUCUGCAAGGGUUUUUUUUCUGUUCCACUUUAUGAUUUCAUUAUACCAACCCGAUAAUUGUUAUAUUAACAUUUCGUAAGCUUUAAAGAAAGACUGAUUGGAGAAGCUUGUACAGCAAUUUAUAAAGCUUUGACAGGCAUGUGAUGGCCAUCGGUCUUCUGAAAGCAUUGAGCAAGAUCUAUUUGUUUGUAAAAACUGGAUUUGCCUCCGGAUUUUCCGAUUUUUAUCUUUAUAAAGACCGCCUUCAUGAUCAUUCUUUUUGUCACUUUCUUCUUGUUUUUUUUUUCUGUUUUGUUUUCUUUCUUCGCGAAAACGUCUACGUCAAUUAUCACCUUGCCUCAGUAUUUUUAUUUUAUCAUCAUUAUUUAUUUUUGAUAGCGAUCUUUUUCUUUUUCUUUGCUUUAGACGUUGGCAUUCUCUUCAACCAAGACAAUUUAUUUACCCCCAGAAUCAGCCGGUAUGUAACUAUCGAGUGAUCAAUACAAACUGAAUUUUGCAACAGUCCUAGACAACACCUAUGACGUGCAGUGGCAACGCUGUGAAAAGACUUCAGUUAAUAAUAAUUUUAAUAAUUAUUUUAAAUAAUUUUACUUUAUAUAUUGCGCAAAAAUAUACUGUGGAUAUGACCUAAUGUUUUUUACAUUAAUUAAAAACUUAACUAAAAGAAAUAGAAAACGAACUGUGAAAUGCAAAAGUAAAAUAUGACUAGUAUAAGGAGGGUCACGAGUUUGAUUCUCACCUGAAGUUCGGAAUUUUUUCUGAGCUUUCUCGAAUCAAAAUUAUUCUUCUUCCAAAUUAUAUUGUGCAGUCUUGGUCUUGUACGCUGGUGGACGACCGAUUUCGAGCAAGUUCCCGAUACAGUCUUGUAUGACUGGUGUGAUUAUAAUUAAAUUCCGACCCUACUCGCCAUAGAGUCUCCAGUGGCUGUGUGGUUAGAGCAUCCGAGGUCGUGAGUUCGAUUCUCACCUGGAGCUCGGAAUUUCUCCUGAACUCUCUGGCAUCAGAAUUCUCUUUCUUUCAAUUUAAAACAAAAUAUUGAGUGAGUUAGUAUUUAUGAUUUAUUUGGCACACUGUCACGAAUAACCAAAUUACAAUAUGCUAACGCUAAAAAUAAACGCCCAUCUAAAAAAAUGGCUUCUAAAAAGAGUCUUAAAAUAAAUAGAGAAUGAUACAUGGUUGCACGAACAUGAUAUUUUUCAACCGAGGACAAAUUUCAUUCCCCAAGUGGCCAUGUAAUGUUCUAAUAUUAUUAUUUCAAAAACUCAUUAAUAUUCAGAAGGCAUAUUGCCCAAUUAACUUCGCAGAUUAAGUCACAUGUAAGGACCUUUAUACCCCAGGAAACUAUGCAAACUGAAAAUUCAUGGGGGGGGGCUUUGAAUCCAGCCUCAGGAGUCAGGAAGAUCAGACUUGUGUAGCUUGUGUAGUUGAGUAUGCAAGCCCACUUGCUUAAAUCUUGUAUCUCACUUCCCGUUUUAUUGUGUAUUGGUGUUGUUAAUGUUUUUGUCCGAUUGGAAACAAAGUUUUGAAAUGGCAAAGUAAAAAAAUUACACUUGGAGGCACGUAGAUUAAGCAAAUCAACCCCAGCUCAUAAGAUUUUGAAACGACAGCUAGUUAUCCAUUUGAAUCAUGCUACUGAUUUUGUUGUUUCCAUUAUUCGUUAUUAAUUCACGCCCGGGAUUUACGCCAUAUCACUGUGAUUUGAUCUGCCUUGUCAGGGUUACAAUAACACUAUUAAGAUGGAUGUGUUUUUUCCUUUUAGAUGAAUUGCAUUUGGGUUGUUACGAAGAACAAAAGAACAAAUCAAGUUUCUACCAGCCAAGCCAAAAUGGAUUGUCUCUGUAUUGGUGCAUUGAAGCCUGCGGAUAUGAGAAGUUUCCGCUGGCUGCAGUGUUUAACGACACAAACUGCCAUUGCGUAGAUGACAGCGUAACUCUCCUGAUUAAAAAUGAUUCUUGCAACUCAUCUGAAGAAGGAAAAAUUUUCCAGAUGUACAACACCAGUUGUUUUAUGGUGGAGCUUGUAGAACUGUAUCAAGAACUGAUAUUUGAACAGUUUCCUUCAAAGAUAACACCAUUACUAUCCUCGAGUACAUCUUCCGUCACGCUUUCCAUACCAUCAAUGGUCACGACGUUAAAGAAAUUUACACGGUUUUCUUCAACGAUGACGCCAUCGCUAUUCUCUAGUAUAUCUUCCGCCACACUUACCAUACCAUCAAGCGUCACGACGUUAAAUUUGUCAGAUCCCAUCCAAUAUUCCGAGACAUUUACACGGUUUUCUUCAAAGAUGACGCCAUCGCUAUUUUCUAGUAUAUUUUCCGUCACGCUUUCCAUACCAUCAAGUGUCACGACGUUAAAUGUGUCAGAUUCUAUCCAAGAUUCAGAGAAAUUUGUACGGUUUUCUUCAAAGAUAACGCCAUCACUAUUCUCUAGUAUAUCUUCCGUCACGCUUUCCAUACCAUCAAGUGUCACGACGUUAAAUGUGUCAGAUUCUAUCCAAGACUCAGAGAAAUUUACACGGUUUUCUUCAAAGAUAACGCCAUCACCAUUCCCUAGUAUAUCUUCCGUCACGCUUUCCAUGCCAUCAAGCGCCACGACGUUAAAUUUGUCAGAUCCCAUCCAAUAUUCAGAGAAAUUUACACGGUUUUCUUCAAAGAUAACGCCAUCGCUAUUCUCUAGUGUAUCUUCCGUCACACUUUCCAUACCAUCAAGCGUCACGACGUUAAAUUUGUCAGAUCCCAUCCAAUAUUCAGAGAAAUUUACACGGUUUUCUUCAAAGAUGACGCCAUCACUAUCCUCUGGUAUAUCUUCCGUCACGCUUUCCAUACCAUCAAGCGUCACGACGUUAAAUUUGUCAGAUCCCAUCCAAUAUUCCGAGAAAUUUACACGGUUUUCUUCAAAGAUGACGCCAUCACUAUUCUCUGGUAUAUCUUCCGUCACACUUUCCAUACCAUCAAGCGUCACGACGUUAAAUUUGUCAGAUCCCAUCCAAUAUUCAGAGAAAUCUACACGGUUUUCUUCAAUGAUGACGCCAUCACUAUUCUCCAGUGUAUCUUCCAUCACGCCUUCUACACCAUUGAACGUGACACAGCCAGAUCCCAUCCUAUAUUCAGUGGAUUUUGGUGAUGGAACAGCUAACAGUUCCCUGCGGGGUGGCUUUAUGUUUACUCAUCGCUAUGCCACAACCGGUGUAUUCAACCUCACUUUAACUGCGUCCCGACAUAACUGGACGAUCUUUAAUUUAACCCGAAUGAUCCGAGUAAUAUCCCGUCUUCAUCUAACUGGUAUGGAAUGUCCCGACGCUGUAACACCUUGGAGACGAAGCGAGUGUACUCUGGAUGGCUUCCGUGGUAGUGACGUCUUAGCACUGGUAGCAUUGAAAGGCAAUACAAGCCAAAACAUAACUAUUUCAGGUAUGUUGACGCUUUCCCAUUUAUUUUUUACUCUGAAAGCUGAAAACUGAAUCUCCACGCAUACGCUAGUUUCACUUUUAUUGGAACGCUAUAGUUACUGGAAAGGACACUAAUCUAUCUCUUAAAAGGAGUCUAAAACGUUGUCAGCAUAGACCAGUUCUUGCAUGCAUAACGAAGAGACCAGGAAUAUCACUAUCCGCCCCCUGUCGCCAAGAGACCAGGAAUAUCACUAUCCGCCCAACCCUAAUUUAGAAAGGGGUAUCCGUUUUGCCAUAGAACGGGGUAUAAUAUUUCGAACGCAUGAAAGCUCCAGUUUUGUAAGCAACCAUUUGAAAUUAUUCCAUCUUCAAUGCGUUAACACCUAGAAGAGUAAAAAAAGGAUAAUGGGACAGUUUUCAUUUGAACGGGGUAUAAAAAAUGAGCCAACAAAUCACGGGAGGCAGACCUCCUGCCCUAAAAAUAACCUGAGAGAAAUUCUUAUGUCCCAGAAGCUAGACUAGGUGUGGCCCCUCCUUCUCAUCAUUCUCUCUUGGUAACGUGUAUGACUUCAGCUCAGAGGCCGAGGCUUAGGCCUUGAUACCACGGUCAGGAUGUUAUAGUUUCUUCCACCACCAAAUCGAAUUUAUUAAUUGUAGCUGGCGAUCGGCCGUCUGGGGGAUAGUGAUAUACUCUCCAGUAUAGUUGCUUGAAGCCGCUAAAACGAGGAUAUAAGCCCCAGCCAUGUAAAAUAGCUGGCAGUGACGUGCGCCUUACUCAAUUCGAAACGUCUGGUGGGAUGGCAGAAGGAAGACUAUCCUGAACAUUUUCGUCACCAUUCGUCACUACUUUUAUAGAAAGACUGACAAAACGUCAGCCACUUUACGAUUAGGACAAAAAGUGAGCCCUAGAUUAAAUUAACGUACAAAUAAAGGAAACAAAUAACCCUAAAUUUCUUAAUCUGUAUAGAUGUGCCAAGAAUUACUUUGGAAACUAAGGAGGGACGUCCAGUUAAGAACAAAACCGAUUUUAACGGUACUUUGCCUGGAACAUUUAUUCUGCCGUCGCUGGAGUUCUCAGCAGAAACUUCACUCGAAGCAUGGGAAUUACACGCCCAGGAUCCUGGCCCCAUUGAGCUACAGGUAAGGCAUUGAUUUCGUCGUUUAUUCAGGCGCCUUCUGGUGUGCUCUACAAACCAGGGUCAGCCAGGAGGGGUAGCAGUACACCAUUGUACCUUUCGCGUCCCCAGAGCAUGUCGUUUCUUUUGGUCACGUGGUCAAACGGUAAUUACAAAUUAGGCCAAGUUGCUCUGGGGACGAGAAUGCCAUUGUACCCAAAAUAAUUUAGCUAAUAUACCCAAACGUGCCCCUAUAUUUUUUUCAAUGUAACCAAGCCUAAAGGAAACGUAAUAUACCUUAUUAUGCCGGAAUUCACUUGUCUUCAAAAAAGAUACCGUAUUCCCAAUUCUAAGAAAAAGGUCCUGUACCUUAUUGUCCAAACCCAGGCUGAUCCUGACAAACAUCAGACACCGAAAAAAGCCUUAUUUUACUUGAAUAAUUAAAGGGUAGUGUAUGGAAGAUGAAAUUUAUUCCUACCACAGAAAUAAUCUUCAAUCUACAACAAUAAGAACUGAUCCGUCAAUAGCCAUCUUUUUUUCCUAUUUAGAUCAUUGGAGCACUGUAACACAAGUUAACGAUGAACGAACGAAGGUCUUUUUUAUCUUUGUUUUGUAGGUUUACCGGGCGGAUUGGAACACAACAAACUGCACAUUGACCCGUCACCCGCAACCUCCCUGCGGAGACUGGGCUCGAUGCACUGGUCAGUGUGGUCGGGUAUGCAUCCAUGUUAAGUACUGCCAGCGGCCAGUACCUAUCAGCUCAUGCGCACACAAAACCGGAAACUAUAUCAAAGUUUAUUCAAUAGAUGUCAACCUUACCGUGGGGUAUAACUUAAUAGUGGUACCGGAAGAAGAAAGAUUUAUUGCACGAGCAGGGGACGUUGCGGGAUUCAGGCGAAACACAUCCGGUGCUGCGCUUCAAAGAACUACCGCUGAACAGACUUCAGGAGCAUACUAUUCACCAGUUCACAUUGCUUCUGGCGUAGAUGCACAUCUUGAAAGUAUGGUCCAUCUUAACAUCUCUUUUAGAAUGAAGUUGCGUGGCUCGGUCAGAGUUCACGCCAAACUGACUGUUUCCUGUUUCUCAGCGGUUGGCAUAUAUCCUCUACUGGUGACAUUUGUGAGCGCUAUUCCCAUGGCAAACCACACCAAAGCAAUUGCGUUUCAAUCCACCAUUGCAGUGCAGAACGCAAUUACCAAGAUAACGAUGAACGACUCAGAGUACGUUGUGGUGAACACAACUAGAAAUAUGACAGCGAAUGUUUUGUCUGGCACAAAUGUUACUUGCGAAUGGAACAUUCCUAGUGCAAGUUUAUUGGAACAGCAAUCUCGUCAAUUAGCGGAAGAUAACACAACGGAGGGUGCAUUUUGCCACCUCCAGUUUCAUUUUUCACAUGUUGGCUACUUUCCUGUUAUCCUGAGAGCGUAUAACCUUGUCUCGAAUAAAACAAAAAAAAUUGACGUAUUCGUGCGCGAGAUUAUCCGAGGACUUAAGGUUGAGAUGUGCUACAGCUCGUUUGCUUUUGACAACGCGCGCACGUGCUACAACGCAAGCGUGGAAACUGGUACCAAAGUAGGAUGCACAUGGUUUUUUAAUCCUACAGACUUUAUUGUCAAGGACAUUGGGAAGAGAAUCGGUCAUGGACUGACUCCAGUUGGAAACAGAAGCUUUACACUGUAUUGCUACAAUAAAGUUCCACAGCUUAACUCUGUAGAGGCUGUCAAUGUUAUAGUCAAGGUUGUCGAAAAUCCACUGUCUAUCAAAGCUCCCCUAAUUGUUGCAACUGACACACUGGUUAACAUUACUUGCCAAAUAAACUGGCCUGGAUCGUCGCCUGCCUCGUUUUUUGCAAAGCACGGUUUGACAGGAAAGACGGGAACUGACAUAGUGGCGGCCCCGAAUUUGACCUUACAAGUAUUUUCAGACAAAAACACGAGUGUAGGCUAUGUGGUUUUAUACAAAAGCUUCAGCAUGAGCAAAAAGCACACUGUAAAGUGUACUGCAAAAAAUCAUCCGGAUUUAAACACGUUUCACGAGAUAGAGGCAAUCCAUUCUAUUACAGGAAUCGACGUUAAUUCUUCAUGCAACUCAAGCAUAGAGAUUGGUACCAGAUGCCGUUUUGAAGCUCAAAUGUCUCGCGGGGACUCGCCAAAAUACGGUUGGACUGUUGCUGAAGGAGACGCUCGUGUCUAUAAGUACAGCGGUCGAACAAUAAACCAUCAGUUUAGAAGCGUAGGUGGUGCAAACAUUACUGUUAAUAUUCGCAAUGAUGUAUCGUUAAAUUCAAAAGCGAUUUCAUUUGUCGUUUAUUCACCCUCCUCUUAUGCAUCAUCCGUGGGAACAUCUCAGCCACUCACUUCUAUUACGCCUUCGAAUGCAUUUCAAAAUUCACUUGUGGUAACAGCAACCCAGUCACCCAGAUUCACCGGUCAGAUCAGUUCUACAAGCCAAACAAGUUUGUCCAGGUAUCCGUUCCCCGCUACAACAGUCAGCGCUUCACUUUCCAUCCCAUCCUUGCAAAAUGUGAAACUUCAUCAUGCCUCCAGCGGACUUGUUGGACAAGCGAUCAAUUUUUCUCUUAGCAACGUGGAGAUGAAACCCUUGUUGCGCUUUUCAUGGAACUGGGACGAUCAAUCGUCGACGGAGGAAGGAGGUACAGUCAUGACGCACAGGUUUAUUACACCGGGUCAAUAUUUUGUUUGUGUGAACGUCUCUUCUGGAAUUGAUCGUGUGGUACUGUGCGGUCACGUGACCGUUCAGCAUCCUAUUAAAGGCUUACAGAUCAGAAACAUAGCUGUUGGCUCGGAAAAGACAUUAAUCCUGGAGUUCGAAAUUUUACAAGGGACAAAUGUGACUUAUUCGGUGGAUUAUGGUGACAAUUCUGGUAAGUAAAGAAUGACAAACAAAUGCCUUUUAAAGCUGCAGUCGCUUCACUAAUUUUGAGACAAAUUUUAAAAUUUCUUUUCCUUUUGAUGGCUCAGACCGUUUGAGCAUCUUUUUCAGUAAGUCAGUAAGAAAACAUGCCAAAGAGAGAUGCGAGCGGAGAAGCCGCGAAACACCACAAGCAAUGGUAAUAUCCAGGGUAGAAAAUAUAAAUCUCUCUUUUUUUGCUCUUCCAGUCUCGCUUUGCCAUUUUCUAUUCUCGCGCGUUUCGUUUCGCGUUCUCUUCUUGUGGCACGGUGUGGACCAAAAAACAAGCUAAUACUUCUGUUGAAUCGGGCUCAAUUUUUUUGUUUCCUAAAUGUAAUCAAAGGAUAAUUUACGCAAUCAUUUAGACCUUUUGCCAUCCAUGUAGCUUUUGCGUAUCAAAGCUGACAUUUGUGUUGGAAGUGUCGUCGAUGUUAAUAACAUCUCAGUAUUAUCUCAGUCGGUAGAGCGCUUGAAUGCAGAGAGGGACGUCACGGGUUCGAUUCUCGGGGCCAGACCAAUACUCAGGGUCUUAAAAAUACUGAGAAAUGAAGGCACUUCAUUUGCCUUGCAAGCGGCUAGAUCUUGGCGUGGCUCGGAUGACCACGUAAAAUGGCGGUCCGGUCUCAAGUAGGACACGUAAAAAUAGUGUCUUGAUUGGUACUUUCGUGCUAAAAACAUUGAUACUCAAAUAAAGUGCAUUUCAAUUUCUUUCAGCUGUACAAGAGGAAUUUUUGUCGUCUUUACCCAGAGUAAUAAGAGUGAGGCAUCAGUACGGCGAGCCCGGUACAUAUACCUUGUCCAUUUCGGCCAAAAGUAUGGUCAGUCCCAAUACCUUUGUGCCUUCUAGGACCUUUAACAUCAUGAACACUCCUUGCGUCGUAAACGAGCUGCGCAUGCUCGCAGUUGGAGAGAAUAGCAGCGAUUGUCCUGAAAUACCACAAGAGUACGAGUACUCAAUUUAUUCCUCGCUGCAAAUAAACUGUAGUGGUGUUGAAGAAAUUAACUAUGAAUGGAAGGUCCAGCAACUGCUAAAUGACUCCACUAAUGAUUCUGUUCCAUUCCACAACCAACCUCUUUCCUCCGAUGUUCUGUUUCUGCCCGCAAAAUCCCUGAGAGGAGGUCUGUAUAAAUUUACUCUCAUGGUCACAGCAAUGCCUCUUGGGAUAUCAAAAGCUGCAACUGGAUUUCUGCGGGUGCGUUUGGCAAAGCUGCUGGCCAGUAUAGACUGUGGGAGCGAGAGAGUAAUGUCUUGGGAUAAAGCGAUUGUUCUCAACGGGUCUGCAUCACAUGAUCCAAACGAAAACGAUGUCAGCAAAGCUAGCUCGUCUCUGAUCUUUGAAUGGUUUUAUUAUUCAAGUGGAAACAUUUCUGGUCUUAAAAGACCAAUUGAUAACAAGCAGCCCGUGUUGAUUUUACCCCCAGAGAGCCUUGAUUUCAAUACAACGUAUCACUUCGUUUUAUCAGUAACAGAAGGAUCAAGACAAGCUACGGCAAUGCAGACUAUUAAGGUUUUGGCUGGAAGCGUUCCACCUCUUUGUGUCAGGUUAGUGCCAUUGCAGGGACGGGGGAACAUUUUUCCAGUUGGUGGGCUGACUAGUGACCUGAAUUGGAGGGGGCGGAGGCUGAGGAGACUCUACUCUUAGUAAGUCUCAAUACUUCGGUAGAAGUGGGCUCCCAGCUCCCCCCGACUCCGCCAUCCCUCCAUUAAUAAACGUUUUAAAACUAUUAUUUAGGCCACUAGUUAAACUAAAAAGAAUAUCAAAUGAAAAAAGAAACUCUUUUAAUAACCUUGCUCUAACACAGGUGCAAGGAAAAUUGCGCCUACAAGUUGAGGACUUCUGAAGAAUUGGUUCUUACCAGUGAAGGUUGUUAUGACAACAAAACCCAGGACACAAAAACAUGCAAAUGGGAACUGCCUGGAGUAAUCAACAAUUCUUCUUCAAACCAGUUUAAGUUGGAUCCAAGCGACUUGAUUCCAAACCAAACGUACACGAUCUUUUUCAACAUGCUGAACAGCACAUUUUCGGCCCAGUACUCGUUAACUACCGACGCGCCUCCGAGCGGUGGAUCGUGCAGCGUAUCACCUUCGGAAGGCGUCGCAAUUAAAACACAGUUCCGAAUUAGCUGCCAAGGAUGGACAGACGAAGACAGCCCUCUAUGGUACGAAUAUUUCUUUAAGCAUCCCACAUACGGAUCCAUGCUGCUCUUCUAUGGUUGGAUGCCCUUCACAAAUGACUUGUUUCUUCCACCUGGAUUGGAGAAACACAACUUCACCUUGGAGUUAUUCGUGAAAAUAACGGAUGUUUUAGGAUCGCAUACGGUAUUUUCCCUUCAAGCUAAGGUAAUUAGAUUGUAUCGCCUUGUUCUGUAGUCUCAGGUGUCUACACAGCACAAUUUCGACUUCACAAUUUGUGUCUUAUGUCAUUCACAUAUUGUCAGAUCAGAAAACUGUUGAAGGCCAGGUUCCGGCAUUACGAAACCUUCUGAUCUGAGAACAAUCACGAUUACAAACAAAUAGGCUCUAGGUUUCAGUAAUAUUCCUAGUUUUUGAUACGCAGUAACAAUUUCUGGCAGUUGCUCAAGUUUCGAACAUUUAUUGCACAACUCAGUAAAAAAUCACUGCGAAUAAUGGUGAGCCCAUUCCUUUUAAUUCAGUGUCUCAAUGUCCUAUACAUGGCUAUCAAAUGUGCCAAGCUCUAGGAAAAUCUUGGUAGUACAUCCUUUCCAAAGAAAUUUCCUUAAUGACGACAGCUGAACAAAGGUAGUAUCUCUCAGAAUAUUUGUAAUUUGUUAUUUUCACUGCUUUGUUGUAGGUCAGAAGUUUUAACUCUGAUGCAGGGUCUGUUAGUUCCAAUUUGAGAAAAAUAGUCAGCGGUCCUCAUUCCAAGCUAGAAAAACUUCUAGCCGCGAGAGAAUUUCGUCAAGCAACCCAAUUAAUGUCGACAGUUGUAACUAUGCUGAAUCGAGAGUCUAUUCAUGCCACUGAUUCCCUGGAUACCGAAAAUCGUGUGGAGGUGUGUACUACAUAGAGGAGAAGUGUGACAUCACGUUACCAUGGUAGCAAAAUUUCUGGAUCUCAACAAACGUUCUUGACAGAGACAGUCAUUUGCAUUGCCGAACGAUGGAAGAAAAGUUUGGGCAACCGUUUUCUUCCUGAAUGCAAUCAUGCAGAGGAAAGUCAUAUUUGCAGGACCACGGUUUGUUGAGUUUCGAAAAUUUUGCUACCGAGGCAACUUGAGGUAAUACAGACGUCAUUCUGAUCUAGAAAGGUCACGUAGCCAAUGGGAACUCACUCUACAUGAUCGUAACUAUAUGAAUAAACGAAUUAUUCCACCAUGCCCAUACCUUCGGAUGAGCAUUUUUUAUUUGAUCUUUUACCCCUCCACUCCUAGAGCGAAUGAUGAAUUCUUAACUCAUUUGUCUGUUGCAUAUUCUGUUAUGUUAGUAGUAUAUGGUGUAUGUUUUAGCCCCCUUUUUAGGUAGGAAUCUUACGAACGAAGGCAUGAAUACAUUUAAAGUGAAUAACUUAACAGGCUUCCGAAUAAAACGUAUGCCACUAAAUAUCCCUGAAUUUUAAAAUACCUUACCAUGCAAGUUUUAUAUUGUCGCGUUAAUUGUUCAUGGUUGCGGUUCAUUGACUCUCAGUAGUAAAACAUAAAAGAAUACAAAGGCAAACUAACUCCGUUAUUACUGUCCACAAGAGAAUUUUCUUAUUUCUCACUCACCAAUGUCCUUCUCUUCCGUUUCCUCCAAAAAUUCAUUUGUUUCUUUCCUUCUGCUCCCUAAACAUGUGUCUCAUACUGCUUACGUUGCAUUGUAGGUCCGAAGUAGAGUAAUCCAGGGGCUAUCUGGCGUAAGUUCUAGCAGCCCCCACGGUAUUAGGCAAGCUUUAGGAGGACUUUUACCGGCCAUCAGUGUAUCCAAGGAACUCUCACCCGACUCGAUGGUAAGUAACUUGCAACCUUCGAGGGCUCAUGGGUCUCAAUUUUGCACGAGAGAGUCUCGUGGGCCAUAUCUCUGUAGCAUCGCAGCCUAUAACAAAAUUAUGUACAGCCCAUUGAACACAAUCAUAUAAAUUUAACCUUUGAUUGGAUUCUGUGCAUUGGAGUACCUAAUCUCACCUUAAAGAAAGGACUUCACUGAAGCCCUUUUUUUCAUUAUAUGGCUGAAUCCGGGAAUGGAUAAGAUGAAGCGAAUCCUACGUGAUUGGUUACUCGAGCAGGCAAGACGGACCCAUCUUGCGCGCUCGGUAUUUCUCGCGUUAAUCGCGCAAGAAAAAGUUCUCUCUUUUGGCCAUAUAAUCAAUCCCUUACUGACCAAGCCUGUUGGUUCAAGAUGGCUGGGUAUUGACCUUGUUCUUUUUUGAAUGAUAACUCAGAUAAGAACUUGGCCAAUAUCUAGCCAUCUUUACCUCAUGCUUGUUCAAUAACACAUAUGUAUCCAUGAUACCUUAGGCAUGCGUGUCGGCCCCACAUCGAUAUGCAUAUACACAGUUCAUGCGAGAACAAUUUUGUCCUUCGAUUACUGCCCCUGCCUUGGUCCUGUUCAGACACUUACCGAGAAAAGGAGGUUCCAGCUGGAAAAACUGAACUAGACAUCAUGAAGGGUUGUGUCAUAUUCCGUCUUUAUAACUGCCGUGCGGAGGGUCGAAUACGAGAUACCAUUUCUUAUCGAAGAGGAUUCACUUCAUAUGAUUUAUUUUGUCCACAGGUAGAUGGAGCAAACGCUCUCACAAAUAUGGCAAAAGCUCUGGCUACAACGUUUAAAAGCGUGCGGGCAGACAACAUCACCAAGAACAUUCUGAUUGGGCUCAACUUUGUACUGGAUGCUGCAGUAGCUACAAGCAGUGACAUUAAACGCGAACAAGGUUCAAGUGAAAUCAGGGACUGGAUCGAUGAUAGUAACGAGGCGAGAAACAAAGAUCACCAGGAAAAGGUGACCAUUUGGAGCAUUUCUAAGAGGCCACUAUGGUCUGAUACACUAGCAAUUCUAAUUAGUCGCUGCUAACGUACACACAAGCGAUCCUGCUCUCUCGACGACGUGAAGCACAAGCUGGCGCGCUAACAAAGUCCUGGAUGUUGCCACGAAUACACUACACGUUUAAUGGCAACCUUGAUGCAACAACUAUUUCUUGAGACAUUCUCCUUGUAAUUCACUAAAGCCCCGUGCAGAACGAACGCAACAUUGUUGCCAACAACUCCCAGCAUUCUUGGAUGUGGCAUGUUGCGUCCGUUUGCACACCUUGUUGCAUGUUGUUGCGUGUUGUUGGGGGUUGUUGCACAAAGUGUGAAACCGGUCAAACUCCCAACAUUUCUUUUGUUCCAUGAUCGCCAAAGCGUAGCGAAACAACAGUGGAUCCGUUUGCACAGCUCUUCCAACAUUGUUGGGGCCACGCGCACGAAUUACACAUGGUCUACAAAGUAUUAUGGGUUGUAUCCUCCAACGAUGCACUGCAGGUCCCAACAUUGUUGGGAGUUGUCGCAUCCGUUUGCACACCACUGCCAACACGGACGCAGUUGAUUUUCCAACCGCAAUCUCAGGUUUCUCAUGUAAAUGGUACCUACCUUAGUCAGAUUGGAGAAAUGGACGCUCUGGUUUUUUACCAUUUACAGGCGCAAACUUGUGAAUUUCAUAGCGGAAUCGUUUUUACCAUUUGCACAAGUCAGUUCCUUUUACAAAAAAAUGGCUGCGAAAGUCUGAAACUCGUAUCACUAGUUUCAGCCUUAAACUAAUAUUACUAGUUUCAUCAAAUAGAAGGCGAAUUUCGUUGGAAAUAUUCCGUCCAGAAGUACAAGAAUAUCGUUUCAGAUGUUCCGUUGCUCCCGAAAAGUUUACACUGGAAUGACACGAAAAGCUGUGUUCCAUUUACUUUUCGUUCCGGAAACUUUUGUUAAUAGCAAACAACCUUUGUGUCUUGAUCUUCAUUAAUAUUUAGUGUGAAAGAGCAACCAACAAAUCUCUGGAAGGCAUCAACUACUCUGCUCAGAAACUCUUGGAUUAUCAGCGAAAAGGAGACCCUCCACUUCACGUGAAAUCAGGCCUUAUGAAGUUAACGGUUACAAGCCAGUCCCCCAGUAACAUUAGCGCCGCGGCCUUAGAUGGAGGAAUGGUUACCUUUCAAUUACCAAAAGAAGUGAAAAAAAAUAAACUUGAUCGGUUAGACGCGGUUAAUACAAAGGUUGGUUUGAAUAUAUUCAGUAAGUUUUAAACAUGAUAAUGCUAUUAUUUUUUGACGCACACACGGAUGCAGUUGUCGGCAACCGACCUGAAAAAUUUUACUCAUUGUACCUCAGGAGACACUAGUAUUGAGAAGCCUUGCACAUACACGCGAAAAACACCAGUUGACUAGUUAGUAUUUUUAUAUAACUCGACUUUACAGUUAGGAACGUGAGAAAAGACUUGUCAUAUCCAAAGGGGGACAAAUUACCUCUAAGCCUUAGCCUGAGAAAACAGCCGACAUUACGCGACGUCACCUACGGUUUCCUUCGCAAAAUGACGUCUGAGGAAUGAGCACAGAAAUUGCAUGCUAAUGGCGUGUAACUUCCCAGAGCUGGGUAGUGCUUCUGAUUGGUUGAAGCAAAUUUCCCUCGCGACACGACCCAUCAGAAGAACUAGCCAGCUUUGGGCAGUUAUACGUCACCAGCAUGGAAUUUGUGCGCUUGUUCCUCAGACGUCAUUUCGCAGGGAAAACAGUGGAGGCGUCACGAAAUGUCGGCUGUUUUCUCAUUUCUCAGGCUAGGCAAGUCUUGGAUUAUACACCCUUGCCCUUCUUUAUUUGCUACUCAAGCUUCGGAAUAUCUGAAGAAUCUUAAAAGUAACCUAACCGUCUCUUAAUCCUAGGUUGUAACUAUGUUCCAGUCUCCAUUUGUAGCAAACGACGUGAUACCAGUGACAUUACCGGUCUCAACGCUCGAGCUCUUGGACGUUUCAGGGAAGGAAAUAAAAAUCCGGAACCUUACUGAACCAGUCUCAAUAUUUCUAUCACUGAACGAAUCAGAAAAUAGGAAUCCGGAUAACAUAAGAGGGAUUGUUCGUCCCAAUGACAAUAUGACGUUCUUCAAAAUUACACUUGAAAAAGAGUUCUUCCUCUAUUUACAAAUACGGUGCUCUGGGAUGACGGAUGCUGGAGAAAAGAUGAUAGUAAUGGGAAAGAAAAACGUAACGCCAAGCAACAAAAAUUUUGAUGUGUUGUGGACUAUCCAUUCAUGUAACACAACUGUAGAGAAACUUUUAUCUGGCAGUUAUUUGAAUACUUCAGGAGAAUUUUAUCUCGGUGUGAAAUUAUCGGAUGCAGGUAACGUAACUAAUGGGACAGAGAUGACAAGUAAAGUGGAGUUCAACAUAUCAGUGAGGUCUGUUGGUUGUUAUUACUGGAAUGAAUCCAUCCAAGCAUGGACAACAAACGGUUGCAAGGUAAGAAAGACAUACCAGUAACAUGACAAGUGACUCUAAGUUGGGUGAGAUUAGGUGCCAGCUUUUGGCGCUGAGAAGUCUGGUAUUGUUUAGCCUGCCAUGAUGAGUUUUGAAUGAAUUUAGCUUUGUACCAUCGACUAAUUACAAUGGAUACUGGGUUUCUCGAGAUUUUGGAUAGAUUUUGGUGAACCUCAAUAAACGGGAACGAGAGUUGAUCUGUUUUGAGGAGAGAUUAGCAUGAUCCAUUUGCACUUAUGCAUACAUGAAACCUUUAAGCAAACUAAUCCUCAAAUUUGCUUAGCCUGCAAAUACAGCCGCCUCUCAUCGCCCUGGGGACGAGGUUGAUCGCUCCCCGAUGCUGGGGCACGUUUUGCGAAUCUCUCCGUCGCGAAACAUCAACUCCCAUCAACAGGGAGCAGCAAACCUCUUCCCUAGCGCUAUGAGAAGCGACUGUAUAUGUAAAAAAGCUGCAAGAGAAAUGACAUCUUAGCACGCAUAUAUUGUAUUUUGUAAUGAGGUACCUGAAUGAACCGGUUUCAUGAUUAUUUCUACAUGACCAGGUUGGUCCAUCGACCACAUUAAAGCGCAUUCAGUGUCAGUGUAACCACUUGACCUGGUUUGGCAGUCGCUUGUUUGUGCCUCCGAAUAAAUUGCACCUGGAUAUCAUAGCUGUCAAGAUAAAAGACCCGUCAAAUUACGCCUUAGUCCUGGCAGUGCUCUGUACUACAUGUGGCCUGUACGUAAUUGCCCUUGUCUGGGCUCGACGUCAGGAUCGAAAAGACGUGCAAAAGGUAAUUCAUCAGGAUAUUCAAUCGAUGUGUGGGGGGGGAGGGGGGGUUGGGCAGGAAUUUAGGGCCUCCCGAACCUCCAUUAGCAUUUUUCCUUCAGCUCCUGUGUGUCAUGCCGCUCUUCCCCUUCCCCGACCACCACUACCACCACCCAUAGAGUGCAGUACUUGUUUUUACGACUCUGUGAAUUGUAUAGAUAGACAAAGCAUUCUAGUACCCAUAGGGAAAAUUGGCUGAGGGAGUGAACGGGAAAACUGUUAUUGUCCCCAGAAACGUGGAAACGAGUGUGUCAGCAAGAGAGGCCAUUUGAGCAUUUUUGAGUUCACUUUGAAAACAAUGGACUGCUCGUAUGGUACAAACGAUAAAUAUAGUUAAUUUAAUUGUAGCUACAACUAAAGGUACACCAUGCGUGAAUCUGUAUUAGAUACAGCAGUAAUACCAUUUAGAUUUACAACUGAAAAAAAAAGAUUACAACCCAAACUGUAAAUGCAGAACGUUAUGUUAGACACUCCCGGAUCGCUUAAGGCGUGCAGUCUUCUUGACAAAACGGCACCAUCAGUCACCUCCUUGUUUCUUAAAUAUUAGAGGCGAUCUCACAAAAGAUGGGCCGUACGAGAUCUCAAUUGGAAAACUGAAUGGUGCUCAACUUUAGGUUUACACUAGUGUCUUUCCAAUACCUGCACCAAAAAUAACUCAAUUAGCAUUUUAUUAUCCAUAGAAUUGACCACUUAUUUGUUCAGUGAAGGACUGGCGGCUACGCGAAGUUUGCAAUAUAUAUUUUUCUUUUUCCUUAUUCAGAUAGGAACGACCGUGAGUCCAAGUAACCGACCAGAAGAUACGCACGCUUAUGAGGUCAUCAUCAGUACUGGUAUGCGCAGACAUGCUGGAACAUCUGCUAAUGUUUCUAUGCUAAUGACAGGAGAACGCGGUGAGAGUCACGCGUUUCUCCUCAAAAACAGCCAAUGCAUGACUCUUGCUCGGAGCAGCGUCAAUUCCUUUCUUGUGAAAACUUCGGAAACUCUCGGCGAGCUCUCGUACAUCCGAGUGUGGCACGAUAACUUCGGAGGUGACCCAUCUUGGUACGUGAAACAGAUAUCUAUUCGUGAGAUUUCUAGCGAUAGAGUCUGGCACUUCUUAUGCGAACACUGGCUUGCUGUUGACGAAGGCGAUGGCUUAAUAGACAGGAUAUUUCCAGUAGCAAGCGACGAGGAGAUGAAAGAAUUUCGACGCAUGUUUGUGACAAAAGCAUACAAGGACCUAACGGACUCCCAUCUUUGGUUCUCGGUGGUCUGCAGGCCUCCACAGUCUCCCUUUACCAGGGUGCAGCGCGUGUCUUGCUGUUUCUCUCUUCUUUUGUGCACCAUGAUGGCUAACGCCAUGUGGUAUGAAGCUGACAAAGGUCGUUAUACGGCAGUUAAAGUAGGAACGUUAGAAUUUUCUUGGGAGCAAGUCUCCAUUGGUAUUUGCAGCAGUCUGAUUGUUUUUCCCAUUAAUCUUAUUCUCGUGCAAAUUUUCAGACACUGUAGUCCGCGACCACCGCAAAAAAACUGUCGCAAACAAAGAGAACACAAAUCGUCCACCGCCACCGAGAUAAGUAUGGUUAAAUUUGAAUCUGGGCAAAGUUCUAUACAUGGUCACUACUGCCCAGCUGGUGUUUACCGAAAAUUGAAUAUUGUGUCUCCCAGUGAAUCUAUAGAAUCACUUUCAGGAAAACAGAAAUUCAACCAGACGUCCGCCAUGCGCUCAAUUCAUUUUCAGCCCCCUUUCGUCUCUUUAGGAGCCAGCACCAUGAAUGAUUCAACCAAUGAUGUUACAUCCUUACUUUUACGGGAAAACGUCUCGGGGAAAUGUUCACCAGUAGAGGCCCCUGAUACCAUGCAGGAUAAACAGUUUUCAAAUGGACGGAGACUACCUUGGUGGUUUGUAUACGUUGGUUGGGCGUUGGUGACCAUAACAUCGCUGGCGGCUGCGUCUGUUACUCUUCUGUACGGUAUCCAGUUUGGACUAACAAAAUCUGCACAGUGGCUGUUAUCCAUGUUCUUUUCAGUCACUCAAGACAUUUUUGUGAGUCAACCACUCAAGGUGGUCGCCCUUGCGAUCUUUUUCGCAUAUAUUUUCAAGAAGCCAAACAUAGUCAUGUUUUCAACGUCAUCAUUUCACAGAUCGGAUGACCAAUGGCUGCAGGAAAAACUGGAAGAGGAGCAUACAGUUGUACCUCCCGCAAAAGUGCCAUCAGAGGAUACUCUCCGGAGGGCCCGGGACAGGGCUGCAAAAGAGCGCGCAAUGCACGUUAUCUUGCUUGAUUUAGGGACCUAUCUUGUAUUCACUUUACUCGUUCUUCUCAUCGCUUAUGGCUUCCGUGAUCAGGACGCCUUUCAUCAAAAUGAUGCAGUUGCCAAGGUUGUACUGGAUCAAAGCUACAUUGAAAAGCCUGGUGAAUUCAAGGGAAGGACAUUUUCUCAGGUAGCCCCCCACAUAUAAUUGGACAAAGGGUACUCUUUACAACCCCAUUGAGAGAGAGUCGAUGGCAGAUGAAAAAAAAAAAAACCCAAAACAGAGCUCUAGAUAAAGCCAAAAAGAAGAUAUUGUAAAAUAAAGCGGUACUUUACACCUUCUUUAUUGAAACUCACAAGAACCUUAUUUUGAGGAUCACAAGAAAUCCCAAAUACACAUUGAGAUUUGAAACAGUGCUUUUACACCGAGGAAAAGGUGCUUUCUUGAAAUCCAAGACAGUCUUGGGAGUCUGGAUUCCACGUACUGGAUUCCAGUCUUUUCCAGUGGUACUUGGAUUCGAUUGGAUUCUAGAUUCCAAUCGUUAGUGGGAUUAAGGAUUUCUUGAGCAGUAUCCCGGAUUGCAACGCCUAGGAUUCCGGAUUCCACAAGCAAAAUUUUCCCGGAUGCCGGGAACCCUUACAUGGGGUGAAUUAUCUUUGGGUGAAGUUCUCCGGUUAUUGCCUUUUGAGUCUUAUUUCCCGAUCAUAUUCCCAUUCAGAGCCUCUAAAAGAAACCGUGUGGUCUCUCAUUGUACCUCUUCAUUACAAGCUAAAACAAACUUCAAAUACAGGCUAAACGCCAUGUCAUUCAUACUUUACUCAAUUCCUCUUCUUACGCAGUUAAGCCGCCAGAGAGACGUAUGGAACUGGACUGAGAAGAUUCUGUUACCCACCCUUUACAAUCUGCCCUCCUACAACUACACAGGAAAAGCUCCCAAGUUCAUAGAGGGUGAGAGCGGUCUGGUAGUGGGCGUGGCUCGAUUUCGACAACACAGAGUAAAGAAGGGUAAGGAGGACACACUAUGAAUACGUAACAUGAUCUAACAUGACCUUGGCUCUGGAGAGUGCUUAGUGAAAGGUGGAGCGAGAAAAUUUUUGUGACUUUUUUAAUUCCUCCUAAUCCUACCGUGAAAAUUUGGUAAGAAGCGGUCUGUCACUUCCGUGUCUAGUUAACCUUGAAAAUUUGGAAAAGCGCCCUGGGGGAGCGGUCUGUCAAAAUAUUUUACUCUUUCUCUGCGUUCACUCCCAAAAUAUUUUUCAACACUUGUGUAUCCCGGCGGGCAUGAACUUUACUCUCCCUAUGUCUCAGACCUCAUUUGUUCUUUGACAGUUAAGUACAAUUCAUUCUGUUUGUUUCAGGUUCUUGCUCUGUGAUAUCCCAAGUAAGAGACAUGUUUUCACGAUGCGCUGACAACUACCAUAUAACGUCAGAAGACGACCAAGCUUACACCGCGGGCUGGGAGUCAUUGAUCAAUACCACUGAGCUUCUUAAACAGACGUCAUCACCAGACCCCUGGCGUUACAGUACCUCGAGUGACCUUAACGGCUACCCUUACUCAAUGGGAAUAGAAACAUACUCCGGAGGUGGAUAUGUGAUAGAGUUGUCCCACAUUUACUACAAAGCGGUGCGGCAAAUGAAAGAAGCAAAAUCAAGACUGUGGCUUGACCACUACACUCGUAGCGUUUUCGCAGAGUUCACUUUGUUCAAUCCGAACAGCAAUCUCUUCUCUGCAGCUACAUUUCUAAUGGAGAGACUUCCAACGGGCGGCGUAUUUCCCAGUGCGGAGGUUCUCUCGUAUCGGCUCUACCGCUAUGUUGGUGAUUUUCAGUUGUUCAUCCUCGCCUGUGAGCUUUUCUUCUUCGUUUUUGUUCUUUACUUCACAUACCGUGAAACGAAGAAGAUUUACAAAACUCGACGAUUGUACUUUGCAGAGGUCUGGAACCUUCUGGACUUGACUGUUCUUAUUCUGUGCUGGAUCGCAAUAGCUUAUUACUUCAUUUGUCUUGGAUUAAGGAAAUGGACUCUAAACCUUUAUCACGAAAACCCUACCAAAUUUAUUAGUUUUCAGUACAUCUCAGCCUGGCAGCUCAUGUUCGAGGGCGUGGUCGGAGUGACGGUCUUUGCCACAUGCAUGAAAUUUAUUAAGUUGUUUCGAUUCAACCGACGGAUCUUUCUCCUAUCCUGUACAUUGAGACGCGCUGGUGGGGAACUCCUGCAGUAUUCAAUUGUCUUCUUAGUUGCCUUUAUAGCGUUUGCGCAACUCUACCACUUUUUGUUCUCUACCGAUAAUGACUCAUUCAACACGCUGUUGGGCUCCAUGCAAAAGCUGUUGAGUGUGCUUCUCGGCAAGUUCAAUAUUAAUGAAAUGAUGAGUGCACACAAGCUUCUAGGAGUCAUGAUAUUUCUCUUGUACAUGGUUAUAACGAACUUCUUGUUGCUCAACAUUUUAAUUGUCAUUAUUAUCGACUCGUUCAAUGUGGUGAAACAACAGAACGACCAGAUGAAGAAUGACUUUGAAUUGCUAGAAUACAUCAUGGCACGUUUUAAGGACGCCUUUGGCAUACGAACACUGAAUAGAGAAGCUGCUCCCCUUUUUGUAUCCCCAAACAACGGUUUCACACCAGCAUUAACUUCAAACUCAAGCAGAAAAACACACGUAGAAGAUCUCGAGGUUUUCGACAAGAUGGAGGAUGCCUUAGAUAGACUGGUCCGUUAUGUUGACACUGUACAGGGAAUUGAUAACGAUGAUGACAUGCUUUGUUGUUAUAUAUCUCGGAGAAUUCACAGCGCACCUGCAAUCAAAAUCGAGACAGUUCCUGUUGAUGUCCAAUCAAGGCGAGCGCGCAGCUGUAACUGUAAUUUGUGA